AUGAACCCAGACGGCGAGUCCGAGGCGGGUAGCAUUGCGGAGCCACUGCCCCACGAGCAAAUCACAAUGUUGCUCAAUGUUAAGGACUUCCAGGAGAAGGUCGAACAGGACCCGGCAAACCUGUGCUGUGUGAUCGUGACCAGCACUUUGUGCCGCCAUUGCGGCAUUCGCCGCAUCCCGUACCCGAAGGUGACUCUUCCGAACGCUAAUACUACCGGCAAUGAAAACAGCGAAGGCGAGGAUGAGGACGCUGACGCGGGUAGUGAUGAAGGUUACGUCGAUGAGGACGACUCACAGGCUGGUGGUGGCGCAGCGCACAGUACCGGGGCCGGCCACUUCUACCGAGACAUCGAAGAACACCUAGUUCACAAUCGCGACACAGCACCCCAGCGGCGGCAUGUGCGUUUCUUUCAUGUCUGCGCGUGCAUGGAGGAGGAAACAUGCAUCGACUUUCUGAUCGCCGCAGACCCGGCUUACAGCGUGCUCCACAAACAGCCCACCGCGCAAGAGACUGCGCUGCUCCACAAAAAGGCCCACCAUCAGCUCAAGGAGCUCCUGAACUUCCUUGAGGUGCGGAGCACUCCAUCAAUGCGCUUCUACCUUGCAGGGCAGCCACUGCGGUACACGGCGAUAUCGUCAGGUUGCAAUGGUGCUGCCGCGCCGAAGGGGGUGACCGCGGAGAUGGAUGUCCUGCAGGCUUCGGGGGCAAACUGGAUCAAGUGGUUUCAAGUGCUGCAAAAUGCGGUAGUGGUACGUAACGAGGUGAUGCGGGCGUACGACACCGAGGAGCGGGAGAAGGCACGGGCUGCGCGCGCGGAGGCCCGCCGGCAGGCCCGUCUUCAGUGCAAGAAACAGGUGGCCGCGGACGAGGAGGAGGAGGACGAAGAGGUGGAGGAGGCCCACUAA